GAUUAUGCACUCGAGUACGGGCCAUAUACACCGGAUUGCUCCCUUGGGAAAUUUCCAAUGUAUCUGCUACCAUCGAUCUUGGCCAAUAGCCGUCGUUUCUGCAAUCUCCAAAGCAGGCAGACCGAGGUCUUUUGGGUGGACAGAGGGGAACAAUUCAAUCUGCGACAUUCGCUUCGCGGUCCUCCGUCCGCCGAAUAACACUCGGCUCCUCGUUUUUUCCCAUAUGACAUAGUCGAACGAUUGGUGACCAGAGCUGACUUUCACUUUAGGUGGCGAUGCCUCUCACCAAGCCCGUGACUGCCCUACCCGUGGCCCAGCCAAGUGGCCGUGAAUGCCCCGAGGGUCCCAAGGACAAGACCUGCUACAAGUGCGGUCAAUCCGGCCAUAUCUCCCGUGAUUGCACUAACCCAUCUGCUGAUGGAGGUGCUGGUCGUGGUGGUUUCUCUUCUGGUGGUGGUGGAUCCGGUCAAGAGUGCUACAAGUGCUCCAAGGUCGGCCACAUUGCCCGUAACUGCCCUGAAGCUGCUGGCUACGGUGGUGGUGGAUAUGGCGGUCAACAAGGCGGUUAUGGUGGCGGCGGCGGGUUCGGUGGACGUCAAGGCGGUCAAACUUGCUACUCUUGCGGUGGCUACGGCCACAUGUCUCAGGACCGACGUAUACGAGCGCGAACGAUUGAUUCUACACUUCCGAGAAGACGACUUGCAUGCAACUUGAUCGAACGAGAAUACGAUACCCCGAGCAUUUGGAAAGGGUGGCUUGCAGACACAAUUGAUUUGAGGAUUUGCCGAUUGAAAGCUUUCAACCAACAACGGCCGGCCUUCUUUGUACACUUCUACUUUUGCCUUUACACUUUGCCCUUUCUGUUUUCCCCAUUUCACGACAACAAAACUAAAAUCCACGACUCUUCUAGAGUUUUGGAACUGAUUUCUUUGGUUCAUUACAUGUUUCGUUAUCGUUGGUGGCUCUCUUGGGCUAUCUAGACGGUCUGGGAUCUUCCACGGAACAAAACAAAAACAAAAGCACUCGUCAUUUGCUUGUUGGUCUCUCAGUUGGACGACGACUGAGAUCUGGUGCGACGAUCAGUGGAUGGGAGUUGAGGAUGAAUGAUGGGACGUCUUCUUUCUUCACGCGAUAGAGGGAAAAAAUCUU